CCUAGGCUACGUACCCCUCCGUGAACUUGCAGCUUACAUCCACUGCAAUCACCGACACGGAUAUCAACUACAACGACAAUCAACCCUUGCCAACCUCGCUGUGUAGGUGUUUAUCGACAUCAUAUAAAGAAAACAUGUCUGAGCGAGUCGUGCCCCAGAAUAGCGACAGCGCUCCUGUCACUGGCCUGGCAGAAUUACUGGCCCAUCUCACUGAACUUCAUGAGCCAGGAAAUGAAUCGGCACCACUCAACAACAAGCUCUUUGACGAUGUUGAGCUUCAACUCACACCUUCAAACAUCCCUAUCAUUCAGCCAACUCUGCUCCCUCCGCUCAUGUCUCUCCUAAAGACCACUACUCAGGAUCCUACAAGCCUCAGCGUCGUCUUCUCUCUGACCACCAAGCUUCUUUCUCCCUUCUCCUUCACACAGUGCCUAUCACUCGGCGGUGCCGAGUCUCUUGUUUCUGCUCUUCAAUCACCGCUUCCUGGCGCAAACUUACUCGCUCUCAACAUCAUACAGAAGGCAGCCUCCAGUCCUGCAGAGGUUGAUUCCCUGGCUUCGUUGCCCGAGGCCGUCGAGGAGCUCCUUCGGAUAUGGCUGAGCUCACCAGAUGCAGAUGUUGGUGGUCGAUCUACCAGAGUGCUGGGCAGCCUGCUAGAGACUGAUUGCGACAUCAUUCCUGACACAACCAUGUCGAACGGCGUGAAUGGUGCCAGCCCAGCAGAGACACAGCUCAUCAAGCGCCGUAUCCCUGGUCACGCCAGUCUCUGGCGUCUAGUCAUAUGGGAUCGCCAUUACCUCGAACUUAUUGUCUCACUAUGCCGACCUGCGAUCAUCAACCGCCAAGCAACCUUUGCGCAGGAUCGCCUUCUUAGACUCAUUCCCCGUCUUACUGCGCUUCAUCCACGUGCCGUGACCAUAUCCCCAUUCCCAGACCUGUUCCCUCUUCCCGAGUACGCCGAUGAGUCCAUCGGGCAUGGACUACUUCAAUGGGCAGCGCUGAGCAUGGUGGACACCAGCGAUGUGCUCAUGCAUCAAACUCUCAUCGUUUUUUACGAAUCAUUUGUGAGCAUCAUGAGAAUUGCAGGACACUCGACGGAUAAGGAUGCUAUUGUGCGAAAUAUUGUUAAGGCGGCGACUUCACAAGAUCAGGAACUGAAGCAGGCGUUGAGGACGCUUCCAGAUCGGACCAUACAGGAGGAGGCAGAACCAUUAGCUAGAUACAUCAGUCGAAUCCUCGACUAGGUGCAGUUUGAUCUCGACGGAGCUUAGCAACAAAAGAAGAAAGAAUAUAGAAGUGAGGAGGGGCCAGUUGUUCUACCUAAGUACCGGAGACCAGCAUAUCAAUGUAUUGAUAUCAAAACCUUUAUCUCCUAUUUGCAGGAGAGAUUCUACAGUAUACAAUGAAAUACAUGCCUAAAUUUAGGAUGAGUUUGUCGAGCU